AUGUACGUAUACUGGAUACCCGGGGAUCAGACGCGGCUGGCAGCUACGGCCUUGCCAGGAGCCACGGAGUUGCUGUUGGAAGACGAGGUGGACUGGAAGGCCGAUCAAGAGGUGGUCGUCGUCACCACCGCAUGGACAGAUGAGCCGGACAGCCACCAGAACGAAGUGCGCACCCUCGCCAGCGUGAACGGCGCGCAGAUCGCGCUCACGGAGGGCCUCCAGUUCGGACACUACGGCGGGCCGGAGUAUUCGGCGGAGGUGGCCCUGCUUUCCCGGACCAUCACCUUUCAAGGCGACGAAGGAAGUGAGGCGACACGAUAUGGCGGCCACGUUAUGUGUGUGCCCGGCUCUCGUUGCCGCAUCGCGGGCGCCUCUGCCAUCCGCAUGGGCCAGGAGAAUGUCAUGGGCAGGUACCCCUUCCAUCUUCACAUGAUGGGGCAAGUGAGUGGCGAUUCCUUCUUCGAGGAUUGCCUCGUCCAGCGCAGCUUCUUCCGAGCCUACACAGUUCAUGGAACUUCGAACUCACGGGUGUCCCGCAACGUCGCCUACGACGUGUCUGGCAGCGCCUACUACCUCGAAGACGGCGUGGAGGAGGACAACCUCUUCGACUUUAACCUGGCCGCCUUCGUUCACAUCAUCGACCGCCUCAACGACUACGAGGCUGGUGGUGGUCAGGAAGGUGUCCGCGUGGAGACGCAGGCCAGCCGCAUCGUUCCCACCGAUGCCACGGCCGUAGGGUUCUACUGCACCAACGCGAAGAACCGAUGGAUUGGAAACUCUGCGAGUGGCGGGUUCUCGGGCUUCCACUUCCCGCGCGUAGAGUACGCCCUCGGGGACAGCUACGCCAACAACCCGGACUACCGACCGGACGAGCUGGAGCUUUUGGAGUUCGACUCGAACACAGCGCACUCCUCGGGGCGUAUCUGGAGCCGAGGGGCCUGCAUGUAUGUGGGCGGAGAGCUCUGGGAAGAUAACAAGGGCUCCCAGCAGUAUCGCUACAUCACGGGCCGCGCCACCGCGCGCAAGUCGGGCCGCUUCUUCAUGACCAACACCAAGGCCCUCGGCUCUUUUGGAGGGUUUAGGGUUUAG